AUGAGGUUAAGCAAAAUCACGAAUAUUUUUGAGUCCGGAAUCCUCAGAAAAACAUGUCGAGAGCCCCAGCGCCAGCACGAGCUAUUCGCAAUAACCUUCAUGAUGGACGUGUGGAAUAAGAGACAAAUACCCAGGCCUCCAGAAUGUACUUUAAAGUAUUCAGCGGAAGAGAUAAGGGAGAAGAAUUUCGAUGUCUGUCUUCAAGCCCUGUUAGAAGCCAUUCUUUGUGGUCAUGCAGCCCUCAACCAUUACGAGGUGGUUGGGUGUUGGAAGCGUGAGGCUGCAAUCCUCUCCACUACACUGUGCCAGGAAAUAAGACAUCGUAAAGACAAAUAUUUCAGAGUCUUGAAAAAGGUAAAUAAAACUGCCCAAAGAUGGGAUGAACUGAAGAUUGAUGAAUAUUUAUCAGUUCUACAGUCCUUGACACCAAAGGUUCCAGAUUGGAACAAGUAAGCUUAUUUUGAAAAUGUUUUACCUAGUGUAAUAUUUUAGUUGUUAUUAUUAUUACUAUUAAUUAAUUGAUUGUUUGAUUUCUUUUCUUUUCUCCACCCCCCCCCCCCUAGUCAUUCAAAAUAUGUACAAUUUCUAACAGAAUUUGCCAAAACAUGCACUCCUCAGCACUCAUUGUCAGGCUCAUGACCAGGCUCCUGAGGCCUUAUCCCUGGCAUUGGGACCUGGGCUGAUUAAAUAUUUAAAGACUAGUGAAAUCAAAACAGACUCCAAAGUCUCAAAAAAUUAGAUAAUAUUUUUAUAAGUUAUAUAUUUAUUGUAUAAAAAUGCUAACCCCAAUGAUCCAGAUGACAUGACCAUCAUGUCAUGAUAACAUUUGCCUUGAAGAAUGGAUGAUAUGAAGAUGCCAUCAUGGAAACAUUUGGCUGUGGCCUGGGGUGACCUGAACUUGCUGUCAUGAGCAUUUCGGUUGAAUGCUGGGGUGACGGGAAUGACCUGCCAUGAGUGCACAAAGUUCUUGGAGGGUGUUUAGUCUCAUUUGACAUUUAGGAAGGGGCUUUUGCAUUGUUCCCAUCAAUAAACAAAUGUGGAAUGUACUAUCCACGAGCCUUGACUGGAAGGACACCAUUUCCAUGCUCAGAAACCUGUUCCUGUCCACCGUGACCAGAAGUACAGAUUGUAGUACAGAAAAUUAGAUAUGGGGAAAAAAAAAAAAUUACUCAAGUGGCAAAAUGUUAUUUAUUGUUAUUAUUGCAUUAAGUUAUGGACUACCUAGAGAGAUGAUAUGGAGUCUGUGCAAGGAAAACAGUCUACAAAUAUAGACAUUGGAAAAUGGCAGAAAAGCUAAAAAAUGAAAAUAACAUGCCAAAGGGGAGGCAUGGAGUCUUGUCAACACAUACAAGUGUUUGCAUGUACCAGGCCUACAAGCCACACAUCCGCUCAAGUAAGCCUAAUGCCCAUAUUUUGGGUGGCAGUGAAGCAUCUGGAUCCAGUGGGUUGGUUAUGCCCCUAGAUAUAAUGCUACAUAAGUAGAGAGGUGAGGACAAGAGUUUUAUAGCACAUCUGAAUUCGCAUGUGAAAAAAUGUUUAUCAGAGGUAAAAGGUUGGCCACCCCAAUGUUAUGAAACAGAUCUCAUAAAAAAAAAUGUAUAUAUAUAUAAUUUGAGAUAUAUAUUGUAUAAUCCCAAUCCUAUGCCCCUGUUAUCAUGGGGGGAGGGGGGGCUGCGUAGGAGACAAGGACUUGGUUUUAAUGUCAGCCCUUGGGUCAACCAAUUUUGCAUGGCCUUUUCAUCUCUCUCUUUCCUUUUCCCUCUCUUCUUCAAUCACUUCUACUGUCUACUUCCUAAGGUGUAAGAGCCACGGUGAAGGGAUAAAAGUCCUCUACGAGCCAUGGGCACAGUAUAUUUUUGGAUAAUCAUCUAUCCCUUAUCCCUGAGGGGUUGACUGUUCCUCUUCCCACAUAUUUCAGGUUCAAAAUAGCCAGUAAUAAAGAUUUUGUACCCUUAUUAGGAGCAUUAAUGUUUGUUCCUUCAUCAGUUAACCCAAUGGCGAUGGGUCACGGCUAUCGCCGUCAUAACAAUACGCACGAUGUGAGGCGUGCAGCUGUCCGUAGCGGCGCCGCGCCAAAACGCCUCGAGGCAAUGAUUCGGCUUGAUGGACCGAUAUCACGCGCUCAGAGUCGGCGUGCUGCCGCCGUUCGCCAGAGCGUAGAGUUUUUUUUAAUUUGCUAUACCCGGCGCCAUUGGGUUAACCUAUCUGAAUUUGACUUCUCUGGUUUCCUGACUCUUACCUCUCCUUUGAUCUCAGUUCUAAUCAGUGCUACUACUACCUCCUCCUUGAUGCUUCUUGUCAACUUGAUCCAUUUUUAAUCAUCCAGCAUCAUCCAUUCCAUCUCCUACUGCACAAAUUUCUUCAUUUUCUGCCCACUCCUCCCUUAUUACUACUCUUCUUCCUUAUUGUUCUCCUCUCUGUAGUACUACCUCACUUCUCACCACUCUCUCUUCCUCCUGCCCUCCUCCUACUGAUUCCACCUCUACAAACCUUUUGAGUACACUUUUUAGCCCAUCCAAGUGGGAUAGAUUCUUUGUGAUUCCCCCAACGGCUCCUUACUAUGACAAUUACCUCCUGUUCCAAUUGUUUCCUAAAACAAGGAGGCAAAGUCUCCUUCUGAAGCUGUUCUGAUCAUCCAUAACUUGUGAAGUUACAUCCGAAUCCCAAGUUCAUACAUUAUCUACCCUGACUGACCUCACUGGUAAACUUCUUCCCGCUGAACCUCACUCCUCCCUCAAUCCUUUGUUCAUACGUGGCAUCUACUGUGAUGAUGCCAUGGCAGCACAGUGCCAAUGCCAAGGGUAGCAUCCCUACUGAUGCAGCCCAUACGGAUAUAACCGUUGGCGGACCGCACAGCACGGCUGCCGAAAAAGCCUGUGCACAUUGGGUUAAUUUUUGUACCAGAACUGUUUCCAUCUUCCUCAACAAGAAUUGGUCAGACUGUGAAAACAACCUUCUUGCCUACCACAUUGAUUAUGAUGCAGUAGCACUAUCCCUCCCAGAGGCUGCCAUAACUCCUACACCAAUAUUACCAGGAUUACCUUUUGUAGACAUGACCUCCCUAAUGAAGUUUUUAUUGAUAGAGAGUCUUGCCCUAUCCAGCCCAUAUUGAUGCCUUCACCAUCAGUGUCAGAAAGGAUGUUGUUUUUGGCACCUUGGCAAGCACUGUCAAUCCACAGCCCACUGCCAUCUUUGUGUCAAACCUAGCCAUGACCAUUCAAACUGCUCUGCACAAUCAUGCACGUCGGCCAAUUGUGGCGACUCUCAUAAUGUAUUUUAUAGGAUCUGCCUACCUUCAAGUCUGAGGUAGCAGUUCUCAGAUUCAAACUAGGUAUCCCCCUACACAAGGUAGGCAGGAAGCACACCAAUAAUAUUAUCCUCUUGCUACCUAUUCCAAUGCUGUCCUUUGCUCCACUCAUUUUCCUACUUCCCAAGAUGUUUCAGCAUCUCCCCCAGCAUCUCUUCUUCCUAUCCCUUACCAUCCUACCUCUACUCCCUCUCCCUCCAAGUCAAAUCCUUUUGCCAUUCCAGAUACUCCAGUCUCUGCCCUCUUCCCCAGUACCUUCUCACCAGGCAAUCUAAACAUACCACCCAAUCUUCUCCUGCCACAUUCUUUCUUAUACCCAUCUCUUCCUUUACUCUUUGGACAUCUGUCUCCUCUUCUCAUCAUAAGAAAAUCUUUGUUUCUUAGACCUAUCCACCCAACUCCCCUCUAGAAACUCUUGAGGACAUCCAAAACUUCUUAAACUCCUUUCUCUCUCAUCUACCCUCCAAUCUCUCUACUUCCAUUCCCUCUGCAUUCAAGUAACUGCUGACAUCCAUCCUCCCCUUCUCCAUCUGUACUAUCCCCAUUAUCCUUUCUGCUCUGGAUCCUUUUCCUCCUGAUGUCCUUACUGAUACUUCACCUCCUUCUUCUAUUCCCUUAUCUUAUUCCCGGGGUUCUUCCCCUCCUACUUCUCCAACACCCAUUUCUUCCUUUAUUACCUGUUGAUUGAUGCAUAAUGGCUCUUUGGUACCAUUCCUCAUGCAGUGGUCCUCUUCCUUCUUCAGACACACAGAUACUCACCAUUUGAUCUAAUUUUCCUUCACCUUGAACUCCCCCCCCCCCCCUCCCACCCCUUAUUAAUCCCUGCCUUACUCCAUUUAUUCUUCCUCUUUACCCAGUAAUAAUCUACACCCUUUGACAUCUAAUACAUUUUGUCUUAAUCAUUAACUCAUUUUUACCCCCUUUGCCACAAUCCUUUACCAUAUAUGACCUUUGAUUCUAGCACAUUUAUUUGGAAAGUUUAUCUAUUAUUUUAUUUUAUUUGUUUGUUUAGUUAUAAAGCAGUUGUAUUUGGAGGAAGCCUUUAUGUCUAGAUACUUUUAGCAUCCUCUAAUCCUUUUCAAUAGGCAGUGUCGAAGUAUUGUUUUAUUUUUGCGUCUGUUAGUGUAUAGGGAUGAAAUUUGAUCACCAGCAGUUGAGCAGUUUAGGGUUACCCCUGGUUACACUACCUAGUUUUUCUUUGUGGGAAAUACUGCUCAUGCAACUGUUACGCAGCUAUAUGUAACUGAUUAUAAUUAAUUUGUGUGUGUGCAUGUGUUUUUGUGUUUGUGUGCAUGUGCAUGUUGGGGGGUGGAAGGUGGGAGGUCUGUGUAUUUGUAUAUCAGUCUGUUUUUGGAAGGGUUUAUUUGGAUUUGUAAGUGACUGGCAGAAAAUGACAUGUAGUUGAAUGACCUCUUUUGCAUAAAGCAGGCAUUCCCACUGAAUGUGGGAAAACAGAAGAGAAGACUUCUCAGUGAACAAGUUAUAUUGUUGAUGCCGUUCAUCUAUGCAUAUAUAUUACGGUUACACAAAUGUCAUUACAUGAAAGGUCUUAUUUCAUUUAUGGAAAAGGGUUUCACAUAAAAUUGGAAAUGUAACAUUUUACCAAUUGGAAAGAUUCUUGAUGAUUUAUACAUGUACUAUUUCUCUACUUUACAGUUUCAU